UACUUCAGUCCAGUUUCCUUCCGCGUCCUCGUGGACGGGUUUCUGGGUGUGGAGCUCCGUGUGAAGGCCAUCGGAGCAGUUUAUAAACUGCCAGCAGCUCCGUUUCUGGACAAAAGCUCCGCAGAUAAUUCCCGUUAAUGGACUCACAGCUGGAACUGAAGGACGAAGGAGCCGACGGUUCAACGCGUCCAGAUGUUGGAGCGGAGUCGGUGAAUGAGCAGCAGUUCAGAUGAAGGUAGAUGGUGUGUGUGAGCUGAUGUGAAUCCAGCAGCAUGGAUCAGUGUGAGGACAGAGAGGAGGGAGUCCUUCCCUCAGAAACCUCCCCCAGGGGAAAACCUGAGAGUUGGAGAGAAGAAGAGAGGACACGACCUGGACCUGGACCUGGACCUGGACCUGUACCUGUACCUGGACCUGGACCUGGACAUGAACCUGGACCUGGACCUGGACCUGAGCCCAGCUGUGUGUCCUUGAAGAGUGAGAAAUCAAAUGAUAUAAUUUUAAAUUUUAAAGAUACCCAACGAUCUUCCUCAGAGAGGAGACGCCCUGGACCCGGACCUGGACCUGGACCUGGACCUGGACCUGGAUCUGGAUCUGGACCUGGACCUGAACCUGGACCCGGACCUGGACCUGGACCUGGACCUGGACCUGGAUCUGGAUCUGGACCUGGACCUGAACCUGGACCUGGACCUGGACCCAGCUGUGUGUCCUUGAAGAGUGAUGCAUCAAAUGAUUUAAUUUGGGAUUUUAAAGAUACCCAACGUUCUCUCUCAGUGAGAGUGGACCAGCAGAUCUCAGAGUCCCCCAGUGGUCCGUCUGUCCAGCAGCAUCAGACCCAGCUGGACUCCAUCUUUCAGCUGCUGGAGGACGACAUCGUCAUGUUUGUGAAGGACGAGCUGAAGAAGAUCCAGAAGGUUCUGAGUCCAGAUUACCCAGAAUCCUCAGAGAGUCAGGAGGAGGAUGAAUAUGAAGAGCAGAAGAGCAUCAGAGAGACACUCGUGAAGAUCACAGUGAAGUUCUUGAGGAGGAGGAAGCAGGAGAAGCUGGCUGACCUCCUUCAGAACAAGACCUUCGCUGCUGUUUGUCAAUCCAAACUCAAAAGUCUGCUGCAGAAGAAGCACCAGCAUGUGUCUGAGGGGAUCACUAAAGCAGGAAAGACAAUCCUUCUGGAGCAGAUCUACACGGAGCUCUACAUCACAGAGGGAGGGACCGGAGAGGUCAACGAAGAACAUGAAGUCAGACAGAUUGAAUCAGCUUCCAGGAAACCAGACGGAGCAGAAACAGCCAUCAGACAGGAAGACAUCUUUAAACCCCCACCUGGAAAAGGAGGACCAAUCAGAACGGUGAUGACGAAGGGAGUGGCCGGCAUCGGGAAAACAGUCCUAACACAGAAGUUCAGUCUGGACUGGGCUGAAGGCAGAACCAACCAGGACAUCCAGUUCCUGCUUCCAUUCACCUUCAGACAGCUGAAUGUGCUGAGAGAGGAGAAGUUCAGCUUGGUGGAACUAGCUCAUCGAUUCUUCUCUGAAACCAAAGGAAUCUGCAGCUUUGAAGAGUUCCAGGUCGUGUUCAUCUUUGACGGUCUGGAUGAGAGUCGACUUCCUCUGGACUUCCACAACUCUACAAUCGUCACUGACCCCAGAAUGUCCACCUCAGUGGACGUGCUGCUGACAAACCUCAUCAGGGGGAACCUGCUUCCUUCUGCCCGUCUCUGGAUCACCACACGACCCGCAGCAGCCAAUCAGAUCCCUCCUGAGUAUGUUGACUUGGUGACAGAGGUCAGAGGGUUCACUGACCCACAGAAGGAGGAAUACUUCAGGAAGAGGUUCAGAGAAGAGGAGCAGACCAGCAGGAUAAUCUCCCACAUCAAGACAUCACGGAGCCUCCACAUCAUGUGCCACAUCCCAGUCUUCUGCUGGAUCACUGCUACAGUCCUGGAGAACGUCCUGAAAAUCAGAGAGGGAGGGGAGCUGCCCAAGACCCUGACUGAGAUGUACAUCCACUUCCUGGUGGUCCAGGCCAAACUGAAAAAGGUCAAGUAUGACGGAGGAGCUGAGACGGAUCCACACUGGAGUCCAGAGAGCAGGAAGAUGGUGGAGUCUCUGGGAAAACUGGCUUUUGAGCAGCUGCAGAAAGGAAACCUGAUCUUCUAUGAAUCAGACCUGAGAGAGUGUGGCAUCAAUAUCAGAGAGGCUUCAGUGUACUCAGGAGUGUUCACCCAGAUCUUUAGAGAGGAAAGCAACCUGUACCAGGACCAGGUCUUCUGCUUCAUCCAUCUGAGUGUUCAGGAGUAUCUGGCUGCUCUUCAUGUCCAUCAGACCUUCAUCAACUCUGGAGUCAACCUGUUGGAAGAUCAACUAACAACUCACCCUUCUUCAACCGGUUUCUAUCGGACAGCUGUGGACAAGGCCUUACAGAGUCCCAACGGACACCUGGACUUGUUCCUCCGCUUCCUCCUGGGUCUUUCACUGGGGACCAAUCAGAACCUCCUACGAGGUCUGAUGACAUCAAACCAAAGAAGUUCACAGAGCAAUCAGAAAACCAUCCAAUACAUCAAGAAGAAGAUCAGUGGAGAUCUAUCUGCAGAGAGAAGCAUCAACCUGUUCCACUGUCUGAAUGAACUGAACGAUCGUUCUCUGGUUGAGGAGAUCCAAGAGUCCCUGAGGUCAGGACGUCUCUCCAGACGUAAACUGUCUCCUGCUCAUUGGUCGGCUCUGGUCUUCAUCUUACUGUCAUCAGAAGAAGAUCUGGAGGUGUUUGACCUGAAGAAGUUCUCAGCUUCAGAGGAGGCUAUACGGAGGCUGCUGCCGGUGGUCAAAGCCUCCAAGAAAGUUCUACUGAGUGGCUGUCACCUCUCAGGGAACAUCUGUCCACUUCUUUCCUCAGUUCUCAGCUCUCAGUCCUCCAGUCUGACAGAACUGGACCUCAGUAACAACGACCUGCAGGAUUCUGGACUGAAGAAGCUGUGUCCUGGACUGGAGAGUCCACACUGUCACCUGGAGGCUCUCAGGCUGUCAGGCUGUCUGAUCUCAGAGGAAGGAAGUUCUUCUCUGGUCUCAGCUCUGACCUCCAACCCCUCCCACCUGAGAGAUCUGGACCUGAGCUACAACCAUCCAGGGGAGUCAGCAGGGAAGCUUCUGUCUGGACUGGAGGAUCCCCGCUGGAGACUGGACACUCUCAGGGUGGAGCCUGCUGGACAACAAUGGCUGACACCAGGUCUGAGGAAGUAUUCCUGUCAACUCACCAUCGACACAAACACAGUCAACAAGGAGAUCAAACUGUCUGAUGUCAACAGGAAGAUGACACUUGUGCACGAGGAUCAGUCAUAUCCUGAUCAUCCAGACAGGUUUGAUUCCUGGGAGCAGCUUCUGUGUAGAGAAGUUCUGACGGGUCGCUGUUACUGGGAGGUCCAGUGGAGCAGAUAUGUUUCUGUAUCAGUGAGUUACAGAAGAAUCAGGAGGAAAGGAAACUCUGGUGACUGUGAGUUUGGAGAAAACGAUCAUUCCUGGAGUCUGGACUGUUUUCCAGGUGAUCAGUACCGUGUCCGUCACAAUAACAGAGAAACAUCCAUCACCUCCUCACCUCCAUCUUCAGACUCUGGCAGAGCAGCAGUGUACGUGGACGUUCCUGAUGGAACUCUGUCCUUCUAUGACGUCGUCUCUGACAGACUGAUCCACCUCCACACCUUCAACACCACCUUCACUGAACCGCUAUGUGCUGGAUUUGGACUCUGGACCGGGUUUGGGUCCUCGUUGAUGUCCAUAGUAACGUGCUUGUCUGGGUCCUUGUUAAGGUCUGAAUCCUCAGUGUCUCUGUGUCCAGUUUAGUCUCCAGAGUCUCCUGUCAGAGAAACUGUCUCUGUUGGAUCCUGGACUUGGACUCUGGUUCUGGUUCCUCAGAGUCUCCAUUUUUUUGUUUAUUGUAUUUUAAUUUGAUCUUUUUCACAUUUAAACAUUACAUAUUUUACUGGAUUGUUGAUGUUUGAUCAUGAAUUAGAUUUUUAUCUCAUUAUUCUUGUUUUAUUCUUGAUUCUGUCUCCAAAUGUUUUCAUGUUUGACUUCACGUUUAGAUUAUUAGAAUCUUGUUUCUUCCCCGAAAGAAAGUUUGAGCUUCAAAUCUAAACAUUUCCAUUAUACAUUCAACUUUUCCAGUUUGUACAAUAUUUGAUUGAUUUAUCUGAUUGUUUUAAUUUGAUUCCUUCAGUUUUCAAAGCUGUUGAUGUAAAAAUGAAGUGAGAAGAUGGAAAUAUUCAUGUAACAUCCAACAUGUAAAAACAUCAGCAGCAUGUGUAAAAGUAUUCAAGUACUCUUGAAAUAAAAAACAUCAGCGUUAGAAACCGAGUGAAGAUGAAGUGAUGACUCCUCUUCCUCUCUGACCUCCAACUCCUGGAUGGAGGGAUGAGACCUGGUCUGGAUGGAGGGAUGAGACCUGGUCUGGAUGGAUGGAGGGAUGAGACCUGGUCUGGAUGGAUGAGACCUGGUCUGGAUGGAUGGAGGGAUGAGACCUGGUCUGGAGGGAUGAGACCUGGUCUGGAUGGAUGGAUGAGACCUGGUCUGGAUGGAUGGAGGGAUGAGACCUGGUCUGGAUGGAUGGAGGGAUGAGACCUGGUCUGGAUGGAUGGAGGGUAUUUUUAAUGGAUAGAUAAGCAAUUUAAAUGCAGUAAUUUAUGUGUCCACUAGAGGGCCAAUAAAUGCAUUUAAAUGCAGUAAUUUAUGGGUCCACUAGAGGGCAAAUAAGUACCAUGUUUACCUCAUUCUUCUGCACCUUUCACUUUUUUAAUUGUAUUGUAUAUAUGUUAAUAAGUGCCACAUUUUUUAUUUACUGUACAUUUGUUAUUUUACUGUUGCUACUUUUAAAUCUGGGUACAGUGAUCGAAAUAACUGGAGUCAAAUUCCUUGUCGGGCAAAGUUCAAACU